UGUCAUUUAGUUAUUUGCAAAUACUUAGCAACAUAUACUGACGUAAUUACCAGGAUGAGAGGGUGAUUACCCGCAUUUGCAAGUAUGACAUUUAAUUGGGUAACCAUCCUACCAAAUAAAGUUACAUUGAUAACCAAUCCCCUGUGCACAAAAUUGUGUAUUAGAUUUGCAAUUGUAGUUAAAGCAAUGCAUGGUAUUUUAAUAUGAGAUUUAAAAGAAUUACAUGCUCAUGAAGUUUUAGUUGGAGCUCUUUGCAGGUAACUUUUCUAGUAUUGUCAUUCAGUCUCUCCCUUUCAGACCGAAAUAUCUUUACUAAGAUAUUAUUUGAAUCUAACAACUCCUGCAAUUGUUGAAUAAUUGAAUGUUGCAAAUGAUUUGAAGCUGGAUUUGUGGAGAAAAAAUCCAUCAUGUUUUGGAGUUCAUUGUCAGUGUCAUAGAUGUAAAGUGGAGCAAAUUUUGGUAUGUUGCUUUCAGUAGGUAUCAGGAUAUCGAUUCGAUGAUAUGUUUGUCCUUCAAUCGAAUAAAUAUAUACUGCUCGCUCAUCAUUUAUUGAUCAUUACUAUUUACCUUCAAUAGAAGUUAAUGCAAAAACUCCAUGCUAGCCUCAGAUAUGUUUCAAAAGUGACGUCCCUUUGAAAUGUUUUCUUACUAUAGCAUAUUCAAAAACCUCUGGAACCUUCCUUUGAGGAGGGAGAUUCACUUUGCCUUAUCUGCAACACAAUGAAAACUUUAGUUCAUUGGAAUUUCUUAUGGGUUCAGUACUUUCUUCCUCCCAUACCAUUGCUCCACAAUAUUCCCAUUUAUAUGAUGAGGUUCUCAUAUCAAACACUUCAACAACUGCAAUAAUAUUAGAACUCCAAUAUAAGAGAUACAUUAAUAAAAAUUCCAAAAAAAAAUAAUAAAUGAAGGAAAAUAAAAUAAUUAAAAUAUUUAUAAAUCAGGAAAUUCUCCAAAUCGCAUCACCCGAAGACGAUUAAUGAUUUUUGGCAAGUUUGAUGGACCUCAACAAUCUAUUUCUCUUACGUUCUAAGUUAUUCAUUGCAUUUUGAAGUCUUGUAAAGUUAAAAUAAGCAAUCCUACCAUCUAACACACAAUUUAAGAGCAUAUAAAUGAAAAACAAACAUGUAAAUAAUGGGUUACCAGUAGGACUGUUGACAAAUUUUGCAUAUACGCUUUUGCCUUAUAUAAAUAGCAUGUUUUCUUCUUGCUAAUUUGGUAAAUGGUUGAUCAAUUCUCGUCAACUCUGACUUAUGUACAUCAAUUUCUGAAAAUGAAAAAUGGAUAGUGGUGGUUUUGUAAGAUCAAGUAGUGUGUAAAUUGUUAGAGAGAUCACAAUCAGUUGAUAAUUCAUCGAUAUUCAUACCAUAAGAAAAUUUAUUUUGAACUUCAGAUAGAGAUUGAUUACAAUUCACUACACCUUAUAUGGAAUACAAUAGAUCUAUUUUCCCCUAAAUAACGCAAGGCAGAGACACACAUUAAAUUGUAAGAUGUAUAACCCAAAUAGAAGAGGAAGGGAGCUGAAGCACCGAAAGCCGAUUGCAGGGCAAAAACAUGACUGGUGAAAAAGACCAUGGAGCCCUUCCUUGAGUUGUGCAGGAAGCUACAUUUUACAAUUCCACAUGUUCUCACACAGAACGUGCAUAUAUUAUUGGGAGGAUAAUUACUAUAUGCUACAUCCGGUUGUAGGUUACACUGGACACGAACUUUCGCCCAUGAUUGGUGAGACUGCAUGGAGUUCCUCAAUGGAGAAAUUCGUAGGUCCAUAUUGUUGCCUACUAGAACUGACAUUUGUCACACAAUUUGGUAGGGAAAACCUAACAAAGAUUAAGUAGUUCAUAUGUUACCAAGAUCGACGUUACUUGUCUAAGGAACUCUAGGGGGAGCUUGCCUGUGUAAUGCCUCAUCCUCUUGGUUUCCUCCACUGGCUAGUAAUUAGUUUUUCUUUUCUGUAUAUUUUUUGAAUUUAGAUUUUUUAAAACCAAGGAAACCUUAACCAUGGAGGCACAUUAACCUCUAUAGUGACAUUUUCUAGACAAUAGAAAUCUUCCCUCGCCACCAGCGUAAGUGGUUGUGAAAGACCCUAGGGAAAUACAAUCCUAGUCUUUGGACUAGGUAAAUUAGACAUUCUCUACAACGUGAUAAGUAAGUAGAGGGUGCAUUAGGUGGGAUGAGAUUCGUUGUGUCAUAGUAAGCAUUAGGGGGUAUGGGAUCAUGAGAUUUUGGGACAUUCAAUCAAACACUUAGGGAAAAUUUGUAUGGUAUAUUAUAUAGGACCCGUAAUCGUUGUUGGCUCGUAUGCAGAGGCAUGUAUUAUCAUAAUAGCUCCUUGCUAUCGGCGAGUCUUUGCUUAGAUUCAUCAUGGGAAUGUUGAAGCAUAUUGAUGGGUGGGAACUCCAUACAGAUGGUAUGUGUUGGCAUAUUGGUUUGGGACAUAGGAAAGGAUUGAUGAUGAUGUUUCAUGACAUAUUGGUUUGGGACAUAGGAAAGGAAUUGGAGGAAUCAAACGGUGUUGGUGCUAUUCGAGGUUCAUGGGAGCCGGUUGUAGACUCGGUUCAUCUAGGAAGGGGAUUUUGGAAUGUAUUCAUGGUGCAACACUAUUUCCAGAUGAGAUUAGUUCUAUGAUUAUGUCUAUUCCUUUACCUUGUUGUUCUAUGCAGGAUAAACUUAUAUGGAGGCCAAGAAGGAUGCGAAAUACUCAAUCAAAACUUGAUAUCAUGUGGCUUUCACGAUAAAAUUGGAUGGCUGUCAAGGGAGGGAGGUGGUCUCUUUUUGGGAUAAGCCUUUGUGGAAUUGGUGUGGGCAUUCAAUUCCCUGCCGAAGUUGAUGCUUUUCCUAUGACAUAUAGUUCAUGGGAUCUUGACAUCGGGUCUUGGGAUAUGUGUUGAGGAAUAAAGGAAUCAACUAAUAUUACCGGUGGAAGUUUGUGAUGAUGAGCUAGACACAUAAACACAUAUUUUUCCUUUCACCUGCAGAGGAGCAAUUCUAGAGAGAGUCUAGCCUGUUGCACAUGUUGCAAAUUGUGGAUGAAACGAACAAUGAGUGCAUUUUGGCGUCGGGUCUUGAGCUCAGAUUCCAUGAAUUUUGAGAACAAGUUUAUAUUGCCAUGUGGCUUUUGGUGAUUGUGGAAAUCGAGGAAUUAAGAAAAAUUAUUUCCACUAACGCCGAUCACUGUAGCGCAAGACAUGUUUUACUAUUCAUACAGACUCAAAAUUACUAUUCACCUUCUUUUGAUUGGUUGGCUGUCUGUCGUGGGCCCUGAUGUUGACCAAAGGAAUUGUUGGUUGCUUCGCCGCCAAUUUCCAGUCCCUUUGGGCCUUCCUUUUCUUGAGUUGGGGUCUUCGAGUUUCGCGUCGGCCUCAAAUCCACUGUCUGGUAUUAUUGGUGAUGAUGGCGAAGUUUUGGAAAGAGUGAAGGUCUUCGUGUCCCAAGGGUUUCUCGGAUAUUACAAUCCUUCACAUAGAAGUUGAGCGGCCCUUGGACGAGUUGGGUCUUCUACGUGAUGAUGGGCGCUCUUUUUCUCACUUCCCUCUCUUGCUCUCUGCUUUGGGAUGGCCGCUGCCGUCUGUACCUGACCUGCAAGGAAGUUGAGUGACCAUUUUCCCACCACCGGGCGCGGUGUCCGAUGGAGGUGAUUCAACCCUUCGGUCAAUAGGAGAGAUGGUUAGAGGCAAAUAAGAAACCAGACACCAUUCCUUCUCUCCCUUUCCUUACUCAUAAUUCGAUUUCUCUCUCAACAGCAAUACAUUCUCACCUCAUCUCUUCCCCUCCUCUCUCUCUCUCUCUCUCUCUCUCUCUCUCUCUCUCUCUCUCUCUCUCCGAGCCGAGGUAGUUGGCCGAGGUAGUUGCGAGACGCCAGGGAAUCGCCGAUAACCCGCUAUUUUGAGUGUCCUUCAUCGACGAAGAGAAUAUUUGGAGAUGGUCUCUCUCUUAACUCGGAGGCGAGGUAAUUGUCAGCGACCAGGGAAUCGUCAAUCACCCGCCGGUUGUGAGGAUCCAUCUCUGACGAAGCGGAGAUCCGAAGAUGGUGCGGGGCCGAUUCUCAAGCUAGAGUAUGCUGAUUCUCUUGCCCUUUGAUUUUUUCUGGCGAAAUCGAGGUGAUUGACGGGAUGGGGAUAGCCGAGUACCUGUCGGUGAUCAUCGUUCUUCUCUCUCCCUCUCUUCUCGGAACUUCGACGGUUUGACCAGACACCGAAGAGCACCGGCUUUCCGGGUUAGUUUGUUUUCUAUUUUUUUCCCGAAUGGUUUUGUAUCUCUCAUUCUGCCUCAGAAGAAUCUGUUUCAUCUGUUUUUUGACAAUAUUCUGGCUUUGGGUUCGUUGAUAGGAUUUUCUGAGAGUUGAGUUGAGCGUCGAAUCUCAGCGAAAGGCUGCGGGACCAUUAGAUUGUUGAGUUCUAAUGGUGUUCACACUGAUUCGUAGGUUCUAUUUUAGUUUUUGACGGUUAAUCUCUCUGUUCGUGGAUGGAUCCUUUUCUGUUUGACAGUGUUUUUUCUCCUGUCUAGGGAAAAUAUCGGUGAUGCAUUAUGUGUUUGAGAUUCGAACGUUGAUGGCAGUCGUCUGAACUCCAGUAAGAGGGCAGCUGACUCGCUCCAACCGUCACUCUAGAAAAUGGUCAAGUGUAACCACUUCCUAAAGCAUAGAAUAGUGGGGUUGGGUUUUAAUGUCAACCAGGGUCCUUGAUGUGAUGACUACUCAGUGAAUUCUUAUUAUUUAGCGGUGAAACUUUAGUGCAGGUUCAAACAAGCAAACAAGCAAAGCAAGCAAGAAGGUUGUUUUCAAGUCGAGAGAGGUCACCCGGAUAUGGUUCCCCGUAGACUGCAGUUAAGCCGGAUUGCAAUUUACCAAGUUCAGUUUUAAUGAUAGUUAUACUGCGGGAGGUUCUUAAGCAGUCUGAAGUCUCGACUAAAGGUCUCCAGGCCCUCUCAAUCUGAGUCCCCAGCGGGCGACUAACCUCCACCAGAGUAAACAUAUUGAGGCCCUAACGAACCAAACCUCCACUACCGAAGUAAAUUAGGUACAAAAUAGUGAAUUGGCUCCUUGACUAAAUUCGCCAAUUCCCUACCUUCAAUUAAGGGUGCUCUAUCAACCUAGGCAGAUAUUCUCUUUCUAGGUUAAAGCAGAAACAACAGGAAUUUGAUCAGGAUUCAUGCCAUUCAAUAAAUCAAACCUCAAUUGAAUAUAAUCAAAUCAUAUAAUCUGUACUUGGGUUCAUACAAUCAAACCUAACAUGCAAAUCUAGGGUUCUCCAUACCCAGAUGAAUGAGGAAGUUACUCCAUGGAGAGAAAAGCAAAAGCAAGCUCAUAUGCAGAAAUCAUGCUAUGAAGGAUGGGUUUCUGCUCCUGGUCGUCAAUCGGCACUUCUCCAAGUGUGAGCCGAGCUCCAAUGGUGAUGAAGAUCAAGCUAGGGCACUUGGGAACUCUGGUUCGUCUCUCUCUCUCUCUCUCUCUCUCUCUCUAGGAAUCGCUUUCUUUCUCUAAAACUCGGAACCCCUCACUUUUGGCCUUCUUUUCCCUCAAGAAGCUGUAUGUCGCGAUCCCCGGCCUGUAUACCCGGUCGGGUAUUUUGUGUGGCGACCUAGUAUGUUCGAAACGCACCGUCGGGUAACAGGGGAAAAUCCCCGGUCAUGGACAAGAAUCCCCGACCAGGGAUUUCUGCUUCUUGCCCGGGCCCCCUUCUGGUUCUCAAAGACGCCCGUAGCAUCAAAUCCCCGAUCAUCGCCAAAUAAUACCCGGCCGGGUAUUUCUACUCAUGGCCGGGUAUUUUGCUCCUCCAGCACACUUCACCCCAAACGUGCUCCUUUCGACCCAAUACUUGUUUCUUCGCCUCGAUGCCAAUGCUAAGCCCUGAAAUAUGACAUAAACGCACAACCUAGCGUGAAAUCGGCUUAAAACACGAGAAUCAACAUCUCAAACGGCUCAAGAAUAGGGGUAAAACAUGUGUAAUCAAUGAUCUAUCAGCAGCAUACUCGAAGGAUUGCUUUGAUGUGAAGAGCAAUUGAAUUAUAACUUGGUAUUCAUGUGGCGAGGUAUUUAAUAACUCAUAAAUCGAUCACCAUACCAAUUUUUAUGAGCCCUGGAUGCCAUGGAGUAGGAACUUUCGAAGCCUUUUCCUAGCAUUAAGGUUCUUUCUUAAUUCCUUUGUUUUCUUAUUGAAAUCCUGUUAAUAUGAUUUUCCUGUACUUAUUUAUUUCGAAUGCAGAUUUUACAUACUGUAGAGAUUGAUUGGAUGACUCCGCAUAUGUUAGAACAUAGAGAGGAAGCUCAAGUGAUCAUGGGUUCGGAUCUAGGGCAGGAGUUACUUAACGGGUAUUCCUCAUCUUCUUUUUUUGAGUCUCAAUUAUAUCUUUCUCAUUUUAUUCAUGUUUUGGAGUGUUCUAAAUCAAAGGCACUUUAUCAAAAUUUGGUGAGCCGCUAUCAAGUUUUUGGGUGUUAAAAAUUCAGAGCUUUGCGGGCUAUUUUUGGGUAAUUAGUUGUUUCAAAUACUUACGAGUUCAAGGUUCGCCUUUUGAUAAGUCACGCUCUUUGGGUUAUGCAAUUCUAAUGUUCUAUUUCCUUUUCCUCCGAUGUAUUUUUGGAUCAUGUGAAUUACUUGCUGUGGGCAGACAAGUGUUGGGAAGGAACCCUUUUGUUAUGGGUGUGAUUUCUUGCAAUUUGUUUGCGUUUGUUUCACUUUCCUCCUUUCAUUGGUAAAUAUUAACUCAUAAGCUUCCAACAUGUAAUCUAUCGAUUUCGAACUAUUCCAUAGUUAUUUGUUAUUGUUAUGUAUAAGAUGGAUUUUCCAUCAGUUCAUAACAGUAGUCAAAAUUAGUGUUGGUACUUAGUCUCUGGUAUAAAUAGCAUAUUUUGGGUAUCCUUUCAUGAUUCAAGAGAAAUGAGUAUUAGUUAAGACUCAUCUUGCUGGUUUUGAUCAUCGUUUCAUGUUCUUUUUUGGUGGACUUCCAGUAAUUUUGGGUGGUCAACUAACAUCAUGAUUUCUUUUUCUUGAACGUCUUCAGAUAAAUCUCAUGUGGUGCUUCCUGACAUAAAGCAAGUUCAUAUAGUCAUACAAACUCGAAAUUACUAUUCAACUGUGAUGGAGUUGAGCAAGAAACAAAGCAAGUUCAGGAAGGUGGCCAUCAAUUCAAGUUAAAACAGCCUAUAGUUUUGCCGGUGAAUGGCGACCCUUGAUUGCGCAAGCUUGGUAAGAGCAGCAACUUUUUGUAUGUCGAUAAGAAAGAAGUAUGUAUGUUUUGCAUAUGUUAGAUGGUAAGAUAAUUUGCUUUGGUUUCUGAAAAAUCUCUACUGAUUUUUGUCUAUGGUACACCUCUUGGAAUCAUAAAGUUAUUGACCCUUCUCUUUCUUUCUUUCUUUCUACCCUUCGAUUGUGGGAUUUCAAGGGAUUUCAAGGUUUCAAUCUCAGCUUUUUUUGCUUUAUGUUUCAGGAUAUCUAAUUAGUGAUUCCUUUUCCUUCCUUUACACUUGCAGAUCUGUAGCUACUAGGCUGGACUGGUUGAGUGUGCCAUAUCAUUGAAAUCUCCAUCAGAGAAGGUGAUUAGCUCUGGAACAGCUCAGCCUUUGACAAAUGAUCCUUCACAUUUAUGGCACUCCAUUCACAAAUCGGCUUAUCUAAUGCUACAAGCAUUUUUCUUGAUCAACUUUUCCAUCUCACUGACUUUCCUCUCUCCCAACCAAUAUCAGACAAUUUAUGCUUAUAUGCUUUUGCCGUAUGUAAACUCUUUUGCAAUUUGAACGAUCUUAUUUUGUGAUUCCUUUGGUCAUUUUGUAAAAUUCAGAAUGUCAUCCUCUGUGUGUUCAUGCGUGGAUGCAUGUGGCCAUUGUUGGAUCAACAUGUAUUCCCAUUGUGUGUGGUUGAGUUAUAUGGUCCGUCAUGACAUUGGUGGUCAUUAAUUAAAUAUGGCAAAAUAGUUGUUUCCAUCUGUGUAUUCUUUCAAGCUUUGCAUUAUAGUAACAACGGAUUACAUUACACAAAUCAAACGUAUCCCGCGGCAGAUCUGAAAUAACAGAAUUCGGCUUCUGCACCACACAUUAGAGUUGCCACGCUAUGGAACAGCUCAGCCUUUGACAAAUGAUUAUGCACACUAGCAACAAUCCAUUCAUAGACCAGCUUAUCUAACUCUGCAGGAAUAAUCAAACAAUUUAUGCUUAUAUGCUUUUGUUGUGUGGAAACUCUUUUGCAGUUUGAACCACCUCAUUUUGUGACACCAUUGGUCGUUUUGUAAAGUACCUCUGCGUGUCUAUGCAUGGAUGCUGAACACUACAUUAUGCGGCCAUUGGUGGAUCAACAUGUAGACCCAUUUUGCAUAAUUAAGUUAAUGUGGUAACAAAUACCAAUUUAGCUAUUUCCAUGUGUUUGUUCUUAUAGCCUUUUCAUUUCAUUGACACAUGAUUAUAAAAUCAAACUUAUCCCGUGGCAGAGCGCGGGCUAAUUACUAGUAUUGUAUUAUUUGAGUAAAUAUAGUUAAUGAUCUCCCUACUAUGUAAAAGUUGGUCUUUGCGGGUGAAGGAAUUUGUGGGAAUGGUAGCUUCAUCUUCCCUAAUGGUCUCAGGUCCUGUGGGUAGGGCAUUGAAUGCUUUGUUGAGUGAGUAGAAGCGAGACCUUGUUAUUUUCUUGGCUGGAGAAAUGACUCAAGGCUCUCAUGGAGCAACUGGGGAUAGUUCUAUGUGACACGUCGAGUAAUGUUGUGGCCGACGAAGGUCGUUGUAUACCAGGUUUGGUUUCGAUGUUUUGUAUUGAGCUUCUUGAAUUGCAUAUUGUGAUGUUAUGGUGUCUAGUUUAUGGCUGGUGGAGGUGGACAGGUCCUUAUGGAUAAGGUACAUGCUGGUAAGGUGUGAGAUGUGAAUCGUGGAAGUGUGCUAGCUAAUGCUAAACUGUGUAGUACUUAUAUUACGAGUGGAUCUGAUUAUUUUUGUUCUCUAUUGAACAAUUAGGUUGUAUCAUUUGCAAGGUUGUCAAAAAAAUAUCCGACCAGUCAGUUCAACCCAGUCUUGCCAAAAUCGGUUAUCUAAAUGGUUGGAAUACACUCACCUUGGACUAUUCUGGAAAGAAGUCAAAAUUGGGUUAAACUAGUCAAAAUCGAGUUAAACUAGUCAAAAUUGGGGGUCUAAAAAUGUCAAAUAUAUGCAUAAUUUAUUUGAUAUUAGAGAUUUUCUCACAUAUUAUGUUAAAACCGAUUUGAACUGAUUGAAUUCGAUCCAACCAUUAAACGUCAAACCACUUGUCAAAUUGGGUUCCACACGAGACAACUAGUUUUAACUUUUAAGGGGUAAAUUACAAGUUUGGUCACUGAAGUUACUUAAAAAGUUCACGUUCGCCACUAAAUUUAAUUUAUUCUAUCUGUAGUCACUUAAAUUAGUUCAACGUGUUCAACACCAUUAGCCUGGACACGGUAGCGUUUUAGGCGCUAAAAGAUUCUUGCCAUUUGACGAUCACGCCCGUGUUCAUAGGCCAUGUCCCUAGCUGAGUUCCAAAGGCUUUUGCAUUCUCACCGACAUUGAAUAUUAUCAUGGUCACUCAGACCGUGAUAGUCAAUGAAGAGGGCGUGAAGUCGGGCAAAAACGGAGCGUCUCGUCGAGUUUUGAAGAACACGGCCUGAACACGCCCGUGUUCACUGGCCGUGUUAUGGUUUUUCUUGCAAACGGGAAACCACAACGCACUUGGGAUAGAACACGACCAGAGUACACGGUCGUGUUCGUGGCCGUGUUCGAGCUAAUUUCUACGUACUAUAAAGUCUGCAGCAGAAGGAAGAAGUAAGAGAGCUUUUUGGUAGGGUUUUAGUUCUCAUAAUAAAGGGGCUUUCUAGGCAGAGAUUAGGGUUUCCUCUUUCUAUUCUAGAGGGAAAAAGUGCCAUUCAAAGGAGGAAGAAGGAGAUUGGGUUUGCCCUAAGCUAGAGGAGUGAAGAUUCUUACCUCUCAAGGGAGAUUCAAGCAAGGAGGAAGGAAGAUUGUCAUCUCUGCAUGUUUCUUUCUCUCCUCUGUCUUGUUUUCCUUUGCCUAGCUAUGGAAUAGCCUACCUAUUCACUUGGGUGUUGUGAACCCUAGCUUGAAAUAUGUGAUAGAUUGUAUUAAUUGAAUGCUUUGUGCGUGGGUUUGUGUUUAGUUCAAAGUUUGAGGUAUUUUCAUGAUGUUUGGGUUGUGUUCUUCAUUUCUCAUUAAUAUACCAAUCUGACCUAGGUAGAGGGAAUUCCCCUUUUUGUUAGGAGGCUUUGAUAAGCUGGAUUCCUUGGCCAAUUGAGUCACCAACCUAGGGAAAAUUAGGGCAAACCUCAAACUUCGAUUUAGCACUUUAACUUGGGUGUUACUUUUCCGUCCGGAUUAAGUUCCGAGGGAUUGGUCUUGCAACCCUUAGUUUUAUAGGUUAAGAGAGCUAGCACUCUUGGCUUAUUGUUGCAAUCAUUAGUCGAAAGGUUAAAAGAGCUAGACUCCCUAGUUUAUUGUAGCAAUCCUUAAUCCAUUGAUUGAGAGAGCUAAGGUUCCUAGCUUAAUUGUUUUCCUUAACCGAUUGAUUAAGAGAGUGACGUUUCUUUCACUUGUUGAGCCUUCCUACUGAUACGACCCUGGUUUACUGAUGCGCCAAAACACAACACCUAACAAUGGCCAAGUGUAACCAAUGAAAGGGACUGCAGUAUAGUGGCACAAGUAAUAAAUAUCGAAUCCACGGGUCUCUAGAGUUACUAUUACUCAGCUUCAGUUCAUUAUCUAGCAAACUAGAUCAAGGAUUGAUUAACUAAACUACUCUACUAACUAAACUAAGUAAAACUACUAAUUACAGUUUGGGAACUCACUUAGGUAUGAUUCCCCCUAGCUCCUCAAUUAGGUCCAAGUUGUAAUUCCUUUUGGUUGUUUUACUGUUGAUUAAACUGCGGAAGAUCCGACAGUAGCUUGGAAUCUCUUAAGCUGACCAAGCCCUCUCAGUCUAACUAUCCGGCAGACGACUAGUCUUCACCGGGAUAGAAAGCUGAAGCAAUAAGCACAGAACUCCACUACUGGAAUUGGAUUCCAGUACAAAGCAGUAAACUGACUAACUCUCGUAUAGCCAAUCUCCUACUACCGAAUGAUGAGACUCUAGCAACCUAAUCAGAUUCUAUCUAUCUCAGAUUGCAGCAGGAAUCAGGAAAAGUUGAUCAGACUUCAAUUGACUCAAUAAACAUGCAUCAUUCGAUUAUAAUCAAACAAUAUAGCAUCCAAAACUUCAUACAAGAAAGAUCCUAACUCAUGGAAAUAGGGUUCCUCAAAACCUAAGUGAAGGGAAGUUACUCCAUAGAGAAGAGAGAGACUGCAGAAAUCUGAUCUAGAUCUUCAAUCUCCAUCUCCAAGCUUGAUUCCCGAGCUCCAAUGGCGAAGAAAUCCUCCAAAAUAGCUCCAAGAAUGUUCCCAAGUCGCUCUCUCUCUAGGGUUCGUCCCUUGGGUGUUUGGGAUCCAAAACCCAGCUCUCUCUUUCCUUUGGCUCUAAUCUGCCUCAAAAACCCGAUUCUGGGCGAAUUACGGGCUGAAUUACGGUCGUAAUUCUUCCAUGCCCGUAUUUUGCCCAAAACACGCGUUUUGGUUAAGUUUCAGCGCACCCAAAGCUCCUCUCGGCAGUGAAAUUACGGGCAUGGGAGGGUAAAUUACGGUCGUAAUUCUCCUGCCCGUAAUUCUUCCUCCACCCCUGUUCAAAGCUUCGUUUCUCCCUCGUCCGGACUCCGAAUCAGUCUCCGUUUGAACCCAGACGCUCGUAGUCUUGUCCUCUUUCUUUUCAUAACAAACUUCCAUGAUUCUUUGUCCAUAAAUUGAGGUAGAAAUCCAUUCUUCUUCAGGUCAUGCUCGUGUUUCUUCUCCCUAAUCGCCAAUUGAUCUCUGAUUGACUUGAAACUUGCGUCUAUGCUUCACUUUAUUUGCUAGGGCCUGAAAUGUGACAAAGGAACACAACCUAGCGUAAAAUAGGCCAAAGAAGCGAUAAUGCAAGCUUAAACGAUCAAGAAACAAAGGGGAAAACAUGUGCAAAUAUCGAGUCAUCAUUUACUUCAUUACCAAGUCAGAAUUCAUAUUUGAACAAGCUAACGCAACCAUUGUGCACAAGCAGGAAUUUUGGCUAAGGCAUUUGAUGAAUUUGACUAGGGUACUUUGGAAGCUUGGUGAGGUCGAUUGGGAUGGUGGAAAUGGAAGGUUAAGGUAUGGAUGUGAAAUGGGGAUUCUCCUCUACAAGCUAGAGCAGUUGGUAGCUCGAAGGGAAGCCUGGAAUUACAGUUUCAAGGCAUGACAAGAUGGUAGCUCAACACUGGGGAAAUUGCAGGAAUUGCCUAAGUGCCAAACGGUGAGCAGUGGAUCUACUUUGAAGCUUCACUCCGGAAAGAUGGUGCCGAUUCGAGGGCGAAGCUUCAUGCCACGUGAAACUAUGUAUUUCACUCUACAGAGGAGAGGCAUUGGGUGAUCUGUGGAGUACUUGGAAGUCGUCGUUCCAGAGCCUCAAAGUGGUAUUGAUGGUUGUCUGUGACGUGGAGCUUAAGGCAGGAUUGUUCAAUGUUUCCUUGUUUGAGUUGAAGUUUUAUUCAUUUUCUGUUUAAGCCUUGUUUUGUCCAGUUCCGGUAGGAUAAGGGAGUUUUUAUUCGAGUUAUUAGCUAGCUAUAUAAGUACUCUUUGUUUGCGUUGUAAGAAUUCAGUUUUGAAGUUAAUAAGAACCCUAGUUUAUCGAGUCUUUCAAACUCUUUGAUUUGUCAUUGUUGCAUGGAUUCAAGUCCAUCAACGAGCGAGCUCAGCAUUGAUUGAUUCACCACAUCAAUCGUGGAUGAGUUGCACCAUCGUUGAAUCGAGCCUCUUCCCCGGAACUCGGUGUUGAAGUUGCACCUUCCACGUCCGUUUACCUGUUCUUUCUUUACUCUCCCUGCUGAAGUUCUUGAGGAAUUGCACGAUUGGAUUAGAAUCUUGGAGGUCUGGAGCUUAUCACCUACGGUGUAUUAACACACCUCCACACAUUUGCAUUCGAUUUGGGCGAUCUUGAUAUGCAUCUAGGGGAAGCAAUACCCGGGUGAACUCUUCUCUCAUUGGGACAACCUCGAUUUACUUUACUUGCUUGUUAUCAUUUGUACUUUAAACCAAAAAAUGUUUGCUAGAUAACAAACUAAGCGAUUAAAGUAGGGGUAAAUGGACCGGCUCGGGUUUGACAAUUAAAACAUACUUGCCCUAUACUGCACCUCGCUAGAGUUUAUGCUUGAGUUCUAGUCGGGAUUUAAAUCACGGUGUAUCCAUGGUGAGUCAAGUUUUUGGCGCCGUUUCCGGGGAAUAACGGGCCAUUAUUUUUGAAAAAGUCGCUUAUUGUUAAUCUAGCAUUUUCUAUCUUAUCUUUUGUUUCGUUUUGUGUUUAUUGACCCACUCUUCGUCUUGAAGGGUGGUUUGUGUGUGUUUAAUUUUCCUUUUUAGUGUUUUUUAGUUUGUAGGUAUUGGAUCAUGGAUCCUUAUCAUUUCACCCAAGUGUGGGGGUAUCCACCACCACCAGAGAGUGGUUACCUCGGAACUUCAUGGGAUGAUCAAAAUGGGGGAAGUCAAGGAUGUGGGUUGUACUACCAUCCUCCUUUCCAAGAAGAGUGAUUCAGGCCUAAUUGCACAUGUUUUGCCCCCAUUUUACUUAGAUGUUUAUGCAAAAUUUUCUCCUAAAAGGUUGGUUUUACGCUAGGUUCUUUGUGUUUGAGUGUGUUUCAUGAUUUAACAGGUGAAACCAGUCUCGGAGUCGAAAGAUUGGCAAAAAGGAUCAAAAACCAGGAGAAGAGGUGAAAAAGAGUCAGUUCUCGGCUUACUGAGGGAGUUCACGGUCGUGCAAGACUGUGAAUCGAGGGAGACUCAAUCGAGUUGGUUUUCAUUCCGCUUUCAAAGCCACCUAAACUAGGUUAAGUUAGGGCGACCAUCAAUAUUGAGUUAAGCAAGUCGAUUAAUCGUGAUUAAACCGUCCGACCUUAGAGUUGAGUGAGGGAGUAAGUCAAUUACCGAUUGUCUAAAGAGAGAGGGUCGAGUGACACGACCUUUCAUCCUUUUACCUUGGUUUAGCAAUUGAGACUGUGGUCUCCGACCACAUAUGCAUUCCUCUGCGGUUCACGAUUACCGUGCCCAAGGCAAUCGUUCCAAUCCACAUAGCAUGGUAGCGGUUAGGGGAAAGCCACACCCGAGUGACUUUCCCACAAAAGAGUUUUCAAACCAAAUUACCUUUGCUUUCUUUCAUUUCAAUUAUCAAACCUUUAAACCAAAGUUUUGUUGCUAGAUAAUGACUUCAAUAACUAAAGUAGGGGUAGACGGACCGCCCCGGUCGAUAUCUAAAUACUUGCCCUAUACUGCACCAGGUUAGAGUUUAAAAACUUGGGCUCUAGUUGGGAUUUUAUUAUGGCGUAGUUUCGUGCGAGUCAAAGAGCAACCAUGCUCAUGGGAAUACCAAGUAGCUUCCCCAUGUCAAUAGGAUUUCCCUCCACAACUCGAGGAGAUAUCCAAGUUGGAGAUGGCCAUGGAGGCUUUCAUGGGACAAACCUUAAGACCAUGUGCCGCUCCACAACCGGAGCCAAAAUGCGAAUUAGAGCUCAUGGUGGAGCGAUUUGUCCCGGGGCGCCGAUGAAGGGUGCUCUAGCAUGGAUCUCCCAAUUGACAACCCCUUUUAAUCAACCUUUCUACGAGAAUCAGAGAAGCUCAUUCAACACACAGAGAGGCUAAGAGGGCUUGUUGAGAAAGCAUGUGAACAACUUGCUCACAAUCGCCUCCUAUCAUUUGAAGGAUGAGAGGAAGUCGGAAAGGCAAGCCAUGAGAAAUUUGGAAGAACGAGCUACGACAUGGAUUUCCAACCCCUCCCUCCUCCGGAUUUAACACUAGAAGAGAAGGUGGCACGGGCUUGUGCGCACCACCGCCUCGACAUUUGAAAGAGCAAGAGGAGGUUGAAGGGGUGAUCAAUGACAACCAUGUGGAGAAAGAGGAACUCACCCCAGAUAGCUCUUGUGUUGAGGAUGACCAAGAAGGUUUCAUUGAUCACCUUCCCGAGAACAACUUUGAAGACAUGAAUGGGAAGGCGAGAGAAGAGUUUGAAGAGGAGGAAGAUCUAGAGUAUUCCCAAGGGGAGGAAAGUGAAGAAGAAGGAAGGGAGGUUGAGGAAGAAAAAGAAGGAGAAAAUGGUGUCCAAGAUGAGGACGAGGUCGAGGUGGAUGAAGCAUCCACAAGUUACAAGUGCUAUGAAAGCUUUCCACCCGACCUCGAUGCACUUUCGGAGAAGGACCCAUUUACGGCUCUUUGCCAAACCAAGGCCAAACCAUCGGAGAUCCCUCUUGGCGGAUGAAAUGGAAGUCAAUCAGUGAUGGACUACAUGGUGCGGGGCAAAGAGAAAGAAGAAGAAGAGGUCUCAUGGGUGGAGCCUCAAAGCCGAUCAAGUUCACGAGCUCUCAAUCAUGGAUUCGUCUAAUGCUCGUGGCUUGUGACUUCAUCUCAUGGACGAGAAUCUCAACUUCAAGGAGGUUCUCGGAUGGACCAAAGCUUAAGGAGCAAUCGUCUAGCUUAUGACGUUAAAGUAGCGCUUGUUGGGAGGCAACCCAACAUAGGUUUGUUGUUGUUUUUUUUUUGUUAAAGUAUUAUUAUUGUGAAAUAACCUCGUCUUGCGCAAGCAUGUGUGUGUUUGUCUUUGUUUUGGUCUCCUUGAAGAUCUCUCCUCUUCAUCUCCGGCCCAAUUCGGUCCCGACUUUCACUCGCCAAGCUAUGCAGUAACAUCGUCCUACCCCUUAUUUUACGCCAUCGAGGGCAAUGUCGUGUGGGGGGUAGUCUAUGUAUUAUGCUUGUGUGUGAGAUUGAUUGCUUGGAGCCUUGAUGUAUGCCCAAAUUUUAAAAAAUUUGAGGGCUCCAAGCAUUGCAUGAUUAAAGUGGCCGGUUUGUGGGAGAAUUUCGUGUCUAUUGGCUCUGACCUUGGAUUGUUUUCUUGGGAUCGAGUGUAUCCUAUUAUGAUGAUUGAAAAUUGCAUUAGGAUAGUGCAAAUGUUUAGUUCUCAUCUGUGCGGAAAUGAAUGGAUGUCUUGACUUGAUUACUCCUUGAUUACAAUUGCCAUGCAUUGAAUUUUGUGAAAUUGCAAUAAAUGAUUGGGUGGCUAGGUAGUCGUGUGAGUUUUGUAUCGAUCAUCUUUUUCAUGUGUGAUAGAUCCCUCUCGCCAUGGUGUGUAACAUUCACCAUUGUCACUAAUGAGUAUGAUGGAGGUAUAGGAUUAGUCCACGACCAAAAGUUGAUUGUCCCGAAAACGUUUAUCCCCUAGUCAACCUCUUUGAGCCGUGUGACCUUGGGUUGUUCUCAUCUUAGGAGCUUGUGGUUUUUUGUGGUUAAUGGUGAUUGAUAGACUGACCCUUUUCCUUUCUUCGUGUCUAAACUGUUGUGAGUCAUCCUUGUGUCUCACAGUUCUCGCUUUUGAGCUCCAUUGAUGUUCUACAUAGGUGGAUUUUGUACGGUUCUUGCUAGGAAUGAAAAGGUAGCGUUGGAGGAAAGAUCUUAAUAAAGAGCAUUGUUCGUUAAAUGUACAAAAGGCCUUUUCCCCAUGUCCAAGACAAUUACCUUGUUUGAGAUUGGUUUGCUUGGGGACAAGCAAACGUUCAAGUGUUGGGGUGUGAUUCGGGUCCAAUUAUACACAUUUUACCUCUCAUUUCUUGAUAGUUUGACUUUGCAUUUCGUUGUCUCUCAACCUAUUUUAUGCUAGCUUGUGCUAUUGUUGAUUCAUUUUAGGUCCUAACACGUGUGGAAGGUCGAGGAAGAGUUUCGGAACCAAUGGAGGCAAGAAUGGCAAGAAAUGAAGAAAACAGAGAGAACACUGCCAGGGACAUGACCGUGUUCAGCACCUUCAGCCUGGACACGACAGCGUUUUAGGCGCUACAAGAUUCUUUCCAGUUGAGGAAUACGACCUGAACACGCCCGUGUUCAUAGGCCGUGUCCGCAGCUGAGUUCCAGAGGCUUUUGCCUUCUCACUGGCAUUGAAGAUUAUCACGGUCACUCAGACCGUGAUAGUCAGUGAAGAGGUCGUGAAGUCGGGCAAAAACGGAGCGUCUUGUCGAGUUUUGAAGAACACGGCCUGAACACGCCCGUGUUCACUGGCCGUGUUAUGGUUUUUCUUGCAGACGGCAAAAUGCAGCGCACUUGGGAUAUAACACGACCAGAGGACACGAUCAUGUUCGAGCUGAUUUCUGCAGACAAAGUCUGCAACAGAAGGAAAAAGUAAGAGAUCUUUUUGGCAGGGUUUUAGUUUUCAGAAUAAAAGGGGGUUUUAGGG